CACGCGGAAUUUCUGCUCAGCCAUGGCUCCCUGGUAGAUGCUCAAAGCGGCUGUUGUCAGAGCGAAUUAAAUCUGCACCAGCUCGCUGCUUUCCUCCUGACCUUGCCUGCCUCUGGUUGGGUUUUCAAUAUUUUAUUCAGGAUUCCUCCGCUGUCUCCCCAUGGCUACAUCAGAUGAACUAGACGGCUGUCUGCAACGAGGCAGAUCUCAAAGUGACCCGAACAUACUCACCGACCCGGGCAUCGAUUUGGCUCACAGCACAGUAGAUUUAGUCGACCAGCAGAGGGUGCUGAGGACAGGCUGCUUGGUGACCGGGGUACACACUCCACCCAUCCGACGUAACAGCAAGCUGGCUACCCUGGGGCGCAUCUUCAAGCCCUGGAAAUGGAGAAAAAAGAAAAACGAGAAGCUCAAGACGAGUUCCACAGAUGUAGCAUUAUCUAGCAGUCUUCUAUGCCACGACCCAAACUCCCCCACCCAGGGCUGCUGCUCAGAUGGUACAGUCCGGCUUGGAGGAUUCGGGGGAUCUUUGAACUCAAACCUCACAGUCAGCAGUGUGGAGUACCUCGGUCCUGAUGAAGAGCUGCCCCCACCUGCUGCCCCUCCCCAGGAGUGUGAUCAGGAGGAGGACAAUGUAUUGUUACUACAGGAUGAAGGAGGAGAGGAGUUGCACCUCCCCGGGGAUUUAUCCGAGGGGCUGCAGGACAUGGGGGAGCAGAUGGAGGAAAGACUAGAAGAGGAAAUCCCUACAGGAACUUCUCCACCACAAGUACCUCCAAAACAUUUUGCCCAGCUGAGUACUGGAGAUGAUUCAGGCCCUGUGUCGCUCCCCACUCACCUGCCAAACUCCUACCUCCCUAAGGAGCCUCUAUCCAGGGCUACAGAGAGCAUGAUUUCAAUGACCCUUCCACUACGAGGGCCCCUCGGCAACUCCUCAGGGUCCCCACAUCUAGGCAACAUGAUGCACCCUCCAAUGCCCCCUAGCUGUAUUAUGGAGGAACUGCAGAGAGCCUUUGCUUCUAAGAAUAGACAGGAGAGUGUACAUGAAGGAUGUGAGCAGAGCUCACCUCCCCGGCUGUGGUGCUCUGAUGGUCGGCUCUCCCGCUCCUGCAGCUCAGAAAACCAGCACACAUCAUCCUUGAUGGGAAGCUGUGUGAUAGGUGGGUCUGACUGGCCCAAAAAGGAGGCGGAGGAGAACAAGGAGAACGUGCGGCAGGACCAUUGCUUCUCCAACACCUCAGGCCUCCCCAAUGACUUGGAAGGCUGGAAUGAUUCCGUUAUAUCUGGCACACUUCCUCGCAGGCUAAGGAAGGAGUUGCUUGCUGUCAAACUACGAAACAGGCCCAGCAAACAGGAGCUGGAGGACAGGAACAUCUUCCCAGUAAGAAGCGACCAGGAGCGCCAAGAAAUCCGCCAGCAGAUUGAAAUGAAACUUGCAAAGAGGCUGAGCCAGAGACCGAAUGUGGAGGAGCUGGAGAGUCGGAACAUCCUGAAACAGAGGAACGACCAGACAGAGCAAGAGGAAAGGAGGGAGAUCAAACAGAGACUAAAUAGAAAGCUCAACCAGCGGCCCACGGUAGACGAACUUCGAGACAGGAAGAUUCUGAUCCGUUUCAGUGACUAUGUGGAGGUGGCCAAAGCUCAGGACUAUGACAGGAGAGCAGACAAGCCCUGGACUCGGCUCUCGGCAGCAGACAAGGCUGCCAUCCGAAAAGAGCUGAACGAGUUUAAAAGCACGGAGAUGGAAGUGCAUGCCUCCAGCAAACACCUAACGAGGUUCCACCGGCCGUGAAAGCAGGGACUUUCUUCUGUGAAGAAAUGCUGAGCUUGGGAAAUUUUCUGGAGCUGCUCGAAGCUGCUCAGCCGGGACGGUUUAAAGAGCCUGGAGCCUCCUGGUCUUCAGCGUGUCCUUAACAUUCUUCCAGCACCCUGGACUGUGGUAUCAUAUCAUAUGAGAGGAUGGGUGUGGGAGAGAGGAUGAUUUGCGGCAGUGUGUCCUGGAGACUACUGAACGUCGCCUUAUGAAAGCUGGCUGGUGGAAAAGGAACAUUGGAGGAGCCCCCCCGACUCUCAGGAUGAGAGCGGAGGAAAAAAACUAUCUUUUCAUUCAGUCAGUGUUUUUUUUUUUUUUUUUUUUUUGUACUAUUUCAUGGACUUCUUUGACAAGGCAGUGUGAAUCCGUGUAGUGGGAGGAAGUUGUGCAUGUGACCAGCUUCACCUUUUCUUAACUGAUGAAUAAUGUGUCACUUGGACUGUGUAAAGACUGUGCAGUCUGCGGGAGAGGGUACUGGGGAUGAAUUUGAUAUAAACUGUACAUACAGUAUGUCAAUCUGAAUGAGACCAUCAAUGUCUUCACUGAAAAGAGAAAUACCUUUGUAAGCACUUGUCUUCAAAAUACAAGGUCUUUUUUUAAGAA